CUUCGCCUCAAUCUCAUCUUCUGUUCAUCCAGUGAAUGGUCUUGGAUUUUCUUUCUCCUGUCUUAAAAGUAAAAUGUGGCAUGUAGAUCAUGCAUUUUGACUUUGGUACAUCACCUCAUUGAUUCACCAAAGGGUACGAAAGAUUCCACCUUAGACGUCACCGGUGUCCACCUCUUGGGUCAUCUCCAACUCUAUGCGCUUCUACAUAUUCCGGCAAUAUUCUUCGUUUCGUCUUUACGCGCUUCCGCAUCUACUCCGCAUUUUACUGUUGCCAAGAAACAACAUCCGUACACUUCAGAAGUACUACAUCUUUUGACAUAUCUCAAAUAUAUUAAAAUCUUCCGAUUCUGGAAAGCAAACCUUCUUGUUUCGGUUCAUAUCCGUUGAAGGGUUUACCUCUAAAGAGCCUUCACUUCCUCACCUGUCUCCCUAUUAGUCACUUCAUUCACUUACCUCGGAAGUUGUAAAUUUCUACAUGUCACCUACUCAAUAUUUACUUUUCAAGUGCAGGCACAUCUGAGAGCUUCUCUAACAGCACUACAACGCUCCUUUUCUAAGCAACUUUCGCAACUGCAUUCAUUUUCGUUUCUCUUCCUGGCUGUGCCAGUCAUUCUACCUCAUGGUUCCCCCUCCUCUUGACGUGAAAAAGUCAUACACGCACUCAGAUAUGCUUCUCUCAUCACGAACUUCUCCUCGGCUCAGUUUGCGUAAAUCUGGAGGUUAUGAUCCAAAUGACCGAGGACCAUCGUCAUCUACUUCUUCCAGAUUUAGCUUCAACCAUUUGAUCAAAUCGCCUCCGCCUUCCCCAAGUCUUCCGGCUUUAGUUCCAAGGCACGGCAAGCCAGCGCCAUCACGGACUCCCCGAAAGUGGUUCAGAGGGUUUCUAUGGGUAUCUGGCAUAUUGGGGUUACUUUACUUUGGUUUCACCUCGACAUGGCUAGAAAGGCCCAUGACGGCAGUAGGGUGGGCAACAGAUUCUGGUAAUCAGUAUGAGAUGGUUGGAGAAUCAGAAUUGCCGGACUUUCCAACACCAGUUAUCGUAACAGACAAACGCGGACGAUCGAAAUGGACGGUUUCCAUACCUCCCAAUCACGAAUUUCCUCUCGCUCCCCUACAAUAUGCCGAUAUAUGUGCGCAAAAUAUGGAAGUCGCUGCCACUGUUGCAGAUCUUCAUAGCCACGUGCACCGAGAGCACUUUGCACAUUAUGAUUACUACCACGUGGACCCAAAUUUCAUGGACGUUGCUGAGGCAGAGGCACAUGGACUUUUGCCCGGAAUUAAGGCGAAGAACAAUGUAUUGAGGGAAAAAGAUGGUUCAUUGGUGGGCGAAAAUAAGGACGGCUUAAUUGAUUCAGAUAUCUGUGACAAGACUCUAACUUUUGUGCUCGAAACAUCAGAUGCGGGACUCGGAAAGGGCUUGAUGAUGCUGUGGACUGCGUUCGGUUUGGCUCAAAAGGAGGGAAGGCAUUUCUUCGUAGAUGACUCAAGAUGGGCAUACGGCAAAUAUACAACAUUCUUCAAGCCACCUCCGACCCCCAUAUGCAGACCCCCACCGCGCCACGAAAUGCUCCCAUGCCCGCAUCAUGCUCGCCAUCUAGUAGUCUCGGCUGCGACCGCAACUCACAUCUUGGGAGGAUCUUUCAACGAAUAUUUUGAAGACGCGAAAAAGAUGGAAGUCCACCGACAAAAGCCUAUCUUUGAAAUGGCUCGACUUGGGUACGAAGCCCUUUUCCACCUAUCCGACGAUGACAGUAAAUACGUGGACAGCAGAGCCGGAGAAUUCUCGGCGAAGUCCACACUAGAUCCAUCAAAUCAGGAAAGUGGGAUGAUCAUUGGUAUACAUGUUCGUCAUGGGGACAGGAGACCAUAUGAAUUCCAGUACAAAGACAGCUAUAUUCCAUUAACAGUGUAUAGCGACAAAGCACACAUGUUGAUAAACGAGAAGUUCAAUCACUCACUUCCGAAUGGGGAGCACGACACCCUGGCUAAAAUGGCUAGUGCAUUGGUCAUUGCCUCUGAUGAUCCAGAUGUCUAUGAUUCCGAAGAAUUCAAAGAAGUCAGCAGAGCGCAGGAGCAGAUUCGACUAGCAUCCAAGAAUGCUCUUGAUGCAGCCGCGCCUCAACCUAACACUCCAGGGCCAAGAAAAUUCGUAGAUGAUACAGUAGGAUGGGAAGGAGGAUUCUAUGCUGGCAUGUUCUGGAGUUUAGGCAAACCUUCGGGAACUCCGAAAACUGCUGUCGAAAUCCCGGAUACAACAUUACCUCCUACAACAGAAGCUUUACGAUUGAGAGAAUUGGUCGGAAGAGCUUAUUUGAUGGAUUUGGCGGUGUUGGGAAAAGCAAGUGACAAGAUUGUCUGUACAGUCAGUGCCACGGGCUGCAGGCUUCUUGCCGUGAUGAUGGGAUGGGAGAAGGCGAUUGAUCAAGGGGGAUUCGUCAAUGUGGAUGGAAACUUCAAUUGGAGAGGUGUGGAAUGGUGAAAAAGUAGAGCACUUGUCUCCUCUUUCACGCAUGCAAUUAAACUAUUCUUUUGUUCAUAUUAAUACCUCUGGGGAGCGGGAUUUUUUGGCGUAAAAGCAUUGCCCCGGUGUCGGAAAUGGAGUUUUGGGCUUUAUGGGACAACCACAAUCUUGAUUGAGAUUAAAGGACAAUAGGAAGCAUGCAUUGCACGGUGUAGGAUUACGUGAUGCAUGAUACCAGGUUAUCGGUUUAGCCAUUUUUUUAUAGAAAAUUACUUGAAUAGUACCUAUAUU